GAAAAAUGUCUUCCGAGAAGGACAAGUAUAAACUUCCAGAAUGGAUUGGUUGCCCUCCAAAAGGAACACAUUUGGAUGUUACUAAAGGGCCAAAACUUAUACAGAAAUUGCUGAUUGAUGAAAAAGGCUAUUACUAUUUUGGGCGUAAUCCAACUGAUUGUGAUUUUGUUUGUGAACAUGCUUCGUGCUCUCGUGUCCAUGCUUUACUUUUAUUUCAUAAAUUGAUAAAAAGAGUUGCUAUUGUUGAUCUUGAAAGCAGUCAUGGAACUUUUGUAAACAACAUUAGAAUUUCUUCACUUUCACCAGUGUUUUUAGACCCUGACCAGUGUUUUCAUUUUGGAGCUUCAACGAGGCGUUAUUUUCUGAGAGAAAAGACCGUCACAGAAUCGAAUACAGCCCAAAAUCGUCGAAUCCCAUUAAUUCCACAAACAACAGAUGACGCUAGGCGAAAAUUGCGUCCACGACCACGACUGCAAUUUAAUGAAGAAGAAGAAAUUAUUAACCCAGAGGAUGUAGAUCCAUUGGUUGGACGUUUUCGAAAUAUGGUUAGAACUGCGGUUAUUCCAACUUCUGGACGUAAAAGAGAAGCUGUCGAUGAUGAAAAUGAAUUAUUUGAUUUUUAUUUGCCAAGUCAACAAAUGAAGAAGACGAGAAAAGUUUUUUAUUUUUUAUUAUCUAAAAGUUGAAGGGAAGGAAACCGGGGAAUCAUUUCAGGAGGGGAAGGGCUAAAAUGGAGGGUGUGCGGAUGGUGAGGGUUAAGAUGGUUAUGUGUGUUUUUUUAAUUUUAAAUUUCGUAAGCGAAAAAAUUUCACUUUUGCGAUCAUCCUUCUUUUGUUUUUUUUCUUUCUUCCAUUUUGGGAGGAUGGAAGGGGGCCCCUGGAUACGCCUUUGAUAGAAGUGAGG